GUGACACCGAAGCGUAGGGUUCCGAGGUCUCGGAAGCCUGCGUACACCGACCUAAGGCGGCGAGGAAGGGCUCCGGGAGCAAUGGCUUUCCCUGAGCCAAAGCCGCGGGGCCCGGAGCUGCCGCAGAAACGGUUGAAGACGCUGGACUGCGGGCAGGGGGCGGUGCGAGCCGUGCGAUUCAAUGUGGACGGCAACUACUGCCUGACGUGCGGCAGCGACAAGACCCUGAAGCUGUGGAACCCGCUGCGGGGGACGCUGCUGCGGACGUACAGCGGCCACGGCUACGAGGUGCUGGACGCGGCCGGCUCCUUUGACAACAGCAGCCUCUGCUCCGGCGGCGGGGACAAGGCGGUGGUGCUGUGGGAUGUGGCCUCGGGGCAGGUCGUGCGCAAAUUCCGGGGCCACGCGGGGAAGGUGAACACGGUGCAGUUUAAUGAAGAGGCCACGGUCAUCCUGUCCGGCUCUAUCGACUCGAGCGUCCGCUGCUGGGACUGCCGCUCUCGGCGGCCUGAGCCCGUGCAGACGCUGGACGAAGCCAGGGACGGCGUGUCCAGCGUGAAGGUGUCGGACCACGAGGUCCUGGCUGGCUCGGUGGACGGCCGAGUGAGGCGCUAUGACCUGAGGAUGGGGCAGCUUUUCUCAGACUACGUGGGCAGCCCCAUCACCUGCAUCUGCUUCAGCCGGGACGGCCAGUGCACCCUGGUGUCCAGCCUGGACUCCACAUUGCGGCUUCUAGACAAAGACACGGGGGAGCUGCUGGGCGAGUACACGGGCCACAAGAACCGGGAAUACAAGCUGGACUGCUGCCUGAGUGAGCGCGACACGCACGUGGUCAGCUGCUCCGAGGACGGGCGGGUGUUCUUCUGGGACCUAGUGGAGGGGUCCCUGGCACUGGCCCUGCCUGUGGGCCCCGGCGUGGUGCAGUCGCUGGCCUACCACCCUGCAGAGCCCUGCCUGCUGACCGCCACGGGGGGCAGCGUCCAGUGCUGGCGGGAAGAGGCCUACGAGGCUGAAGGGGGCGCAGGCUGAAGCCAGGGGACCACCACCAAGGACACAGACCCAGACUCGGGAGAGCCACUGAGACGGUUUAUUUUAGACACGCCGCUGACCAAGCAGGCGGAGAGGGGCUGGGUCAGCAGAUUAAUAAAUAGAGUGGGGCCUCCCUGGGGCGGCA